CAGAGACUGCAGCAUAUGAUCUCCACGAGAGUCUCCACUGGAACACAGUGAUAUAGAUGCUCACACUUUUAACAACUUUCAAGAGCAAACGUAGCGGAAGUGCAGUCAAGCUCAACACGAGAAAGAGAACAUGUUACUAACAGCAGCCGCGGUCAUUUAUUUGGCCUGCCUCUAAAAGUGUUGUUAUUAUUAUAUUCAGAUAUAAUAUUAUCCACAGUGAUCAUGUCAGAAUCUGUACGGAAGAUGUUGAGGCCGAAGCUCGUGGUGCUGGGAAGAGAUAACUGUGGGAAGACAGCUCUGUGUGUCAGAUUCAUCACCAGACGUUUCAUUGGAGAGUAUGAACAUAAAAGGGAGGUCACCUACAGGUGUCAGAAAAUCGUGGACAAGGAGGCGAUUGAGCUGGAGAUUUUAGACACUGUUAAUAAGGAAUGUGUGGGACCUGCUGCGUCGUCUCUGGAGAGUUCCAUUAAAUGGGGCGAUGGGUUCCUCAUUAUGUACUCUGUGACGGAUCGUGGCAGUUUUGAGGCUGUGUCGCGCCUGAAGAGACUGAUUGACCACGUUAAACAAACGCUUGGUAUUCCAACAGUCAUCGUUGCCAACAAAUGCGACAUGGAGAAUGGCCGAGUGGUGAGGACAGAUGAGGGACAGGCAUUAGCCUCAGACCUGAGGUGCAGUUUUUUUGAGCUGUCUGUGGCAGAGGACGCUUCAGCAGUGGAGGCCGCGUGUGCGCAGCUGGUGCGUGAAGUGCGUCAGGAGUUUCAGCGUCAUCUGCUGGCUAUGGACAAGCGCUCACGGAUGCUGCAGAUGAGACACGCACUCAAAAACAAGCUCACACGGAGUAAAACCAUGCAGUGGUGACCAGAAAGACUAAACGUAGUUCAGAGAUGACAACCGUAGUGCUGUAAUCAGUAACCUUUCAGAGAACAACAAGUGCCUUUUGGAUUUCCAAAUAGUGUCAUGAACAUUGUGAUCUUUUUGUGUUUAUGACAGACAGGAUAAAAAACCAAAAAUCAGUGUUUUUUUUUUAAAGGUGCAGUGUGCAAUUUAUGG